UGGAAAGAGAAGAAGAAUGAAUUUCUAUGACAAAGUAACAAAACUAAUCCCAGCAGUCCUCGGCUGACUUCCUGGCUAGUCUACGGACAGUCUUCUUGUAGCCAGCUGGGUCUUCGCGUACUUGUUUGGCCGCAUCUACGUUCGCAGGUGAAUCUGUGCAGGGAGAAUCGGAAGAGAGAAGGGAAAUGACAGAUACGAGAAUGGAUUCUACACUAUGUACAGGCAGCCACCUCUCAGACGCAUCUUCCCAACCCCAUUCGUCAUCGCCUGGGGGAUGCAGAAUGGAAAUACAAAGUUCACCCUUUCUAUCGGGAGAGUUGUAAAUUGAAGGAUGCCACAAAUCCGUCAAGAAUGUCAUUUUUGGGGGCAGUAGAGGGUAUUCCUCUGGGAAACUCAAUUUAGCUUUCAGUAUCGCACCUUCAUAGAGACUAUCUACCGGUCCAAUGAUGAUAAUCUCCCACUCGAAUAGAUUGCUCUCAUCUACUAAACCUGCUGAGAAUCCAUCUACUGGGUGCUUUUUCAGCUGCUGGAGUUGUCUCGCUAAGUGGGUGUUGGAUGUCAUUCCUCAACCACCAAGAUGUCGCAACUCAAAAUAUCUGACCAGAUAAUAGCGUCCUUGUUUUCUGGUUUAUCUACAGAGAAGUAUCUUAGUCACUGUAAGAUAAUUGAAUCGAGUGAUCCACCCAAACCACGCUAUUUGCUCCUCGCUAUCGAUAGAACAACAAAACAGGCGAAUAUCUACAAAUCUAAAAGGAAUUCGAAUGGCACUUUCUCUAUUGGCAAGACAUGGCCACUCUCUAGUCUGCGCGCUGCCGAACUACUCACACACAACACUUUCAAAUUGACGCUUUCGAAGAGCUAUACCUGGAAAGCAGAGAGAGUGCACGAGUUACACCCAUUUUUAGAUGCUCUAAUAGAUAUCUAUAACGGCACAACUGGCCAACACAUCGCCCUCAUCUCUCACAACACUGCUCCUCUGAAGUUUAAGCCUUCUUCUCAGCAACUGAGGCAGCAAGAGCAGCCAGAACAACCCAGGGAGGCGGCGAAGAUCCCCCAGAUACCCCCUCAGGCUCCUCCGGCUCAACCACCCCCUCAACCGUCUAGACAAACUGAAACACUCUAUGAACCUGUUCAAGAGCUCCAACAGCCGGUGGAACAGCCAGUGGUCUCUAUUGAGCAGAAAGCACCACAACAACCAGUCAGGCAUCCUCAAGUAGUAGACCACAUACCACAACAGCCCCAGCAAUUAGCGAACGAUAUCCCCAAACCUAAAAGGGAUAACCCACCAGCGCGUCCAACUAAACAGCCUGCUCCUGAACCACCAUCCGUGCCUACUAUUACUCCAGUGCCUACGAUUAGUCCAGUGCCUAGCCAAUCCUCUCCUCAACCGUCACCACAACCAACUCCUCCACAGACUGAUCCUCCGAGACUCUCAGUAGACACGCAGACGACUCAACACUCACAAAGCAACCACAGGUUGACACCAAAGCAAUCAUUCGAGAAUUCAACCUCUCCGAUUAUACAAAAACGCUCACAUAGACGCAAAAUUUCUAGACCUUCAGAUGCAAGUCUUGGUGAUGCAUUCACUAGUCUCGCAAGGAAGCCCUCAAAUGUCUCAGCACCUGAUAGUUUCAAUGAUAUACAACACAUCGACGAAGCGCUCGGUGGCGCAAAUUGGAGAAGCUUGAGGAGUGUAGCGCAGGUAGAUUCACAUACGAUAGACCAGGAGGACGAAAGCAAAUUAGCUAAUGAAAUAAACAACGUCGAAGCCGCUAUGAUAAGAAGUAUAGUCUCAGAUCAGGAUGAUUCUCUUGACUAUCUCUUUAACUAUUUAGACACAAAUCUGGGUGAAUUGGAUGACAUGGACGCCCUGGUUGGUAAAUUUAGAGCUCACUUAAUGUUAGUUGGUGAAGAUAUCGCAUACGUUGAAUCACAACGCGGCAAACAAGCUCAAAGUAACAACCAACAGGCGUUGAUCAAUGAAAUGGAGAAACUCGAAGAGUUGUCUAGUGCAGUUAACGUCGACCAAGCUGACUUAAUUGUACUUACUAAGGAGAGUCUCGAAAGCGAUAAGGGUAUUGCCGCCCUUGAAAGAGCUGCUGCCACACUUUACAAAGCCAUUAAAGCCAAUGAUGAACAAUACGAUGAAAAGCGCGUCAAUGAAUAUAAGACAAUAAUGCUUCAAUUCGCAAAGAGAAUGCUGGAUUAUCUCUCCAUCAUGUUUAGAUUUCAAGUUGACAACUUGCUAAAUGAUCCAUCACGUCAAAUUAGCGAAAGAAAGCCCAAGAUACGCUCGCAUGAAAAAAUGGAGACUUAUCUGGGCAGAUAUUGCGGUCUCGUGCUUUUCCUGCGAGAGAUGGAUCAAGCGAGGUACCGUGAAGUGUGCGCCAAUUACUUCAGCUCUUCGUCAGAAUUACACAGCAAGGAAAUGAAUAAACUCUUGGCUGUUUAUGCGAACCUCACUCGCAAGGCUACCGAAGAAGAGAGUGAUGCAAACUUCUCAAAUCCAAUAGACAGCGCAAAUCAGGGCGCGCGCAAGAGAAAUGAUAAGAGAUUAGACGCCAAGCGGAGUAAACAGGGUGAUAGUAUGCCAGCUCAUGAGUCGCUAGCGAAGGUCCUAAAUCAAGUGUCGACUCAGAUGAAAGGCGAAGAGAUAUUUCUCCAAGAUUUAUUGGCUAUUUUAAGCACCCCACCUACAUUUGCUGAGUACGUUGACCUUGAGGAUGUUUACAAGCGUAAAGCGAGAGAAGCACUUGCAGGCAUUGAUUUUGGCCCCUUGUCAGAUCUGAAAAACGCGUUCGAGUUGAUAUUCGCAUUUUUCGCGCCUUCAUUACAGUCUUGGAUAGAUGGUGCCCUAGUAAAGGACAAUAUGCAAAUUGUCGGUAUGAUUGCCCAACUGGAGAGAGCGAUGAAGGACGCAUACGGGAAAUCACAACCAUACCUUCACUCAUUACUCAAGAAGCAGAAGUCACGGUUGAACAAUAUGUUCUCAAAAUACAUUUCUGAUCAAAUCAAGGCGAUUGAGAAUACCAAAUUGACGACGAAGAAGCGCAAAGGUGUUGCCCCAUUUAUACGCAUUAUACCGUCAUUUGUUGGUAGAAUUGAGCAGCAGCUUUACAACAUUGGUGAUGAUUGGGAGAUUCGCAUAAACGUGAAUGAUGCAUAUGACAAAAUAAUAGGGCGGAUGUUUGACUCGCUUAAGCAUAUUGCACGUGAGGAGGAUAUGCAGGAUGUCGCAAGUGAGGACAAAGGAGCGCUCAAUUUGCAUGUGAUCAUGAUAGCCAAUACUCAUCAUUUCCUGCAGUCGUUCAAGGCAAAGCCAAUGAAACCGUUGACGCCAUUCAUGGUUACUGCUGAAGGACUCUAUUCAUCGCAUAUGGAGGGUUACAUAAAGCUUCUUUGGAGAAGACACCUCGCAAAACAAAUUGACUACUUUGACGGACUCGAAAAGGCUCUCAAGGGCACGAAGGCAACUGAGAUGGUUAGCCAUCCUCUUUAUGGUAAGAGCGUAUACAAAAGAGUAGUCAGGGAUUUCAGCUCGAAGGACCUCAAGAAGGCUACAGAAGCUUUACACAAACGUGUAGAGAAACACUUUGAUGUUAAUGUCGAAGAUGAAGGUAGUUAUCAUGAAGUCGUCAAGGUUAUUGACGCCGUUUGGAAAGCCCUUGAGGAGGAUAUUACUACCAUUACCAAGAAUUGGAAUGAGCUUAUACAGAUUUGUUUCCCAAAUCUCGAAGGAUUACACUAUACCCAGACCGAUAUUCGACUGUCGUUUAAAAAGAGCAAUUAGAAUUGUGUAUAUUUAUGAAUAUGCUUUAUGCUUUAAUUAUUUUUAACAUUUUUAACAUCAGCUGUUAUGAUAUCAACUCAGCUGCAUUGCGAAAAUCAGUGAAAGAAUAAAAAAUACUAAAGAAUGCUGAUCCACGGAGUAUGCGCGGAGAACACCCAUUAGCAACGGGUCUAGAAAAAAAAUCCGGCGAUUUUGGUGAUAUUCAAUUGGUCAGCUCGUCUGUUGACGUCACUGAAAAUUUAGAAAUAACCGAUCCGGAUGGGUUUGAGAUGUAUAUAAAAAGGGCUGUACUUCCUCUUUGUCUAAAACCUCAAGAACAAAUAGCAAACUAGAAAAAUGGCAGCAGAAGUGGCACGCAAUAUAGAAUUACCAAACAUCCACAACAACACCACAGGCGCAAAAGAAGUACCAGAAAAGGGAUACAAAUUGACAAGCAACGGUGGUCCAAUUGAUGACAAAAACGUUGCUUUCCUCAAAGAAACUGCAAAGGAUGCACCCAUUGAUGUUAUUAGAGAAAGAUAUGAAAACGAUGGAUAUGUCUUAGUCAAGGGUCUUUUACCAAUUGAGGUGGUCAGAAAGAUGAGAAGAGACUACUUUGAAUUCGUAAAAUGCACUGGUAUCCUCAAGGAGGGUACUGACUCCGUUGACGGUAUUUUUACUGGUGGUCCACCAAACAAGUUCGGUGGUCCCGGCUCUGCCAACACCGGUGAAGGCACGCUGGACCCCCAACAAGUGGAGUUCUUGAAAAGAGCAACUGAAGCUCACUACUCGGAAUUCUAUGACGAGUUCCAGAAGACACCAGAGCUCUAUGAAUUCGCUAGGAAGAUUACCGGUUGGCAGAAUAUCCUCCUCUUACAGCGUCAGAUGUUAAGAACUAAUGUCAAAGGUUCAGAAGCCACUGCGGUGCAUUAUGACCAAAUUUUCCUCAGAGGUGCUCUCCCAACUAGCUUGACAGCCUGGAUACCAAUUGGAGGCUGUAACGUUGAAGGCGGCAGCUUGAUCUACCUUGAGAAGUCACACGAAAUUGGCCGCGAAAUUGAGAACGACUUCUCAGAGAGAGCAAAGGACUUCACACCAGAAGAGCGCUUAUCGGCUUUCAACAGCAAUAUGAUGCGCGGUGGUAUUCUUUCAGAUGACGCACAAGGAUUCGGAAAGGUCUAUGGCCGCAGAUGGCUCGUAACCAACUAUGAGGAUGGAGAUGUCAUCUUCCAUCAACCUUACAUGAUUCAUGCAUCUUCUGUCAACGAGACUGACAAAAUCCGUCUCAGCACCGAUCUUCGCUUCGUCAAUCCAGAUGAAGACUUCGAUAGAAGAUGGACUAAUAAGUGGUACGUCGGUGACGGGCUGUAAAAGCCAAAGCAGACGCGUCAUAUGACGCCCUAGCAUGUAUUUCUCUCUUUCUCGAUAUAACACAUCCUGUAUUCUUUUUCAUUGCGAUAUGAUGUCGAU